GCCAUUUUGUGCGGAGCCUACUCUGCAAAAGCGGGAGAGGAUUAAAACCGCCGGAGGUGAAGGACGCAAUUUUACUCCGUCUCGUACUGAAGGAAGAACAAACCCUGGGCUUUCUGUCGAAUUCAACGCGAGAGUAAAUCAUCAAACGCAGGUAUUACCCAUGGAAGGGGGACCGACUGAGGCCGUGGUGGAAGAUGCAGGGGAUGCUUUCAAGGCCAAGGAGUGCAAGACAUACCAAAGGCGGCGAGAAGAUGAGGAGGUGGGAGCGGAGCUGCUGCAGGCCGCUGUGAUUGAGCAAGCACAGGCUGAAGUAGAGCCUGUGGUGGAGGCCCAGCAACAGCUGGUUGAGAGUGUAGUUAGUGUCAACAGCAGCGUGGACAUGAUGAUGAUGGAAACCCUGGACCCUGCCUUGCUGCAGAUGAAGACCGAAGUCAUGGAGGCUGCUGUUGGGGCACCUGUCGGUGUGGCUGGUGCUGCUCAUGAAGCUACGGUCACUACAGUCGAUGAUACUCAGAUCAUCACCCUGCAAGUGGUGAAUAUGGAGGAGCAGCAGUUGGGCUUGGGAGAGCUGCAGCUGGUGCAGGUGCCUGUUUCUGCUGUGCCUGUCACUGCCGCCACUGUGGAAGAGCUGCAGGGGACACUGGUGAAUGCCACUGCCAUGCCUAAAGACGGGGAGCCGGUCAUCUGUCACACUCUGCCAUUGCCUGAGGGCUUUCAGGUGGUCAAAGUGGGUGCAAACGGAGAAGUAGAAACUGUGGAGCAAGAUGAGCUCCAGCCCCAAGACGAGCAACCUCCGCAUCAGGAGGAGGAAGAAGAUCUGGCUGAACCCCAAAAUGAAGACCCUGCCUGGUCCAAAGAUCCCGACUACACACCUCCUGUUAAAAAGGUCAAGAAGACAAAGAAAAGCAAGCUGCGCUACAACACAGAGGGUGAUAAAGACAUGGAUGUGUCUGUGUAUGAUUUCGAGGAGGAGCAGCAGGAGGGACUACUUUCUGAAGUCAAUGCUGAGAAAGUUGUGGGUAACAUGAAACCACCCAAACCAACCAAAAUCAAGAAGAAAGGUGUUAAGAAGACAUUCCAGUGUGAGCUGUGCAGUUACACUUGCCCACGCCGAUCCAAUCUGGACCGCCACAUGAAGAGCCACACAGACGAGAGGCCUCACAAGUGCCAUCUUUGCGGACGAGCCUUCAGGACUGUGACUUUGCUAAGGAACCAUCUUAAUACCCACACAGGCACCAGACCACAUAAGUGCACUGACUGUGACAUGGCCUUCGUCACCAGUGGAGAGCUGGUGCGACACAGACGCUACAAGCACACUCACGAGAAACCAUUCAAGUGCUCUAUGUGUGACUACGCCAGUGUAGAGGUUAGCAAGCUGAAGCGCCACAUUCGCUCUCAUACAGGAGAACGUCCGUUCCAGUGCAGUCUGUGCAGUUAUGCCAGCAGAGAUACAUAUAAGCUGAAGAGACACAUGAGGACCCACUCAGGAGAGAAGCCCUAUGAGUGCUAUAUCUGUCAUGCACGGUUUACCCAGAGUGGCACCAUGAAGAUGCACAUUCUGCAGAAGCACACAGAAAAUGUGGCAAAAUUUCACUGCCCUCACUGCGACACAGUUAUUGCCCGCAAGAGUGAUCUUGGUGUGCAUCUCCGCAAGCAGCAUUCCUACAUUGAACAGGGCAGAAAGUGCCGUUACUGUGAUGCUGUAUUCCACGAGCGUUACGCUCUUAUCCAGCAUCAGAAAUCCCACAAAAAUGAGAAACGCUUCAAAUGUGAUCAGUGUGACUAUGCAUGCCGCCAGGAGCGUCACAUGGUCAUGCACAAGCGCACCCAUACUGGGGAGAAGCCGUAUGCCUGCAGCCAGUGUGAGAAGACCUUCAGGCAGAAACAGCUGUUGGACAUGCACUUUCGCCGCUAUCAUGACCCCAACUUUGUACCCACAUCCUUUGUAUGCACCAAGUGUGGAAAGACCUUCACUCGCAGGAAUACCAUGGCCAGGCAUGCAGAGAACUGCACUGGUAUGGAAUCUGCUGAUGGAGAGAACGGAACUCCACCCAAAAGGGGCCGUGGAGGCAGAAAGAAGAAGAUGCGGUCUAGAAAGGAUGACGAUGAUGAUGAUGAUAGUGAUGAGCAUGGUGAACCUGACCUUGAUGACAUUGAUGAAGAGGAUGAGGAUGACCUUCUUGAUGAAGACCAGAUGGGUAUGGUGGACCAGGCUCCACCCAGUGUUCCUAUCCCCGCACCAGCUGAGCCACCAAUCAAGAGGAAACGGGGCAGACCCCCUAAGAACGCACCCAAGGUCUCUCCUACCAAGUCCAUUACCAAAACCACCACAGCUGCUGCCAUUAUCCAGGUGGAGGAUGAAAGCACAGGGGCCAUUGAGAACAUCAUUGUAAAGAAGGAGCCAGAGGGCGCUGACGCAGUUGUAGCUGCCGAGCCGAUCGUAGAGGAAGUGGAGGCGGUUGAGGCCGAUGUAGAAACAGUGCAGCUAACAGUCCCAGAAGCUGCACCUAACGGUGAUCUUACUCCUGAAAUGAUUCUUAGCAUGAUGGACCGGUGAUCUGGGGAUAUGUGCACACACACAGGCUGAUCACCCAUGCUUGCAUAAAUGCACAUCCCCAUAUGCGUCCCCCUGAAUAUAUAUAAAUAUAUAUAUCUCUAUCUAUUUACACAUGCUCACAUACUUCUCUUUCUUCACCUCCUUUAAUACUGCGCUGUGUCCUAAUGUCCUGCAUCAAGAUUCUUAAAGACUCCAUUAUUCCACUUUUUGCUAUAAAACCCCAAAUACCCGAUGUCCUAAAGUUCUUACACAGUGUCUUCUCAUGAUCACAAAACUGAGCUUUUCUACUGUUUCCGUCACACCAGUAGUUCAUUGUACGUGGUGGAUGUUUUUUUUUUGUUUGUUUGAGAUCAGAAGUGUGCUCUUGACAUGCAUCUAGACUUUCUUUACCAUGCUAACCAACCGUUUUCAUUUGACAAUUCAAAUCUGACAUUACCGCGGCAAUAUUGAGAGAUGAGAUAUCAUUUUGUGCCUGGACGAGCAUUGACUUUCCUCAAUUUGCUUCACUGCUGUAGAAAUGGGUGUUUUUGCCCCAUCUGUCUGAGAAAAAUCCUCUCAAUGUUUGACAUUUAUGAUGACUUUUCUUUGCUGUUUGUUCCUCAUGUGCUCUUUCACUGGUCACAGUUGAUAAUGUUAGAGAGCGUAGAAAUGUAGCCAUGGGAUUAUCAAGCCAGGGUCGAUGACAUCCAUCCAUUCAUAAGUUCAAAAAAAGAAAA